AGUUGACGGGAGGUAAUCCCCUCCAUGCGAGGAGGCGGCACGGGUGCGGAGGCGUGUUGUUUUCCAUUCAAAUCCUUACUAGUCCUAUAAAAAGCGGAACUCGGAGCUAGAAAGAAAGAGAGAGGUAGAUAGAGAGAGAGAGAGGGAGAGAGACAGGGGGAAAGCGCGCAGAACGACACGGCUGUAUCUGUGGAGAUGGAGAUGCUCCAUGGAUCCGCAGGUGUCCAAACGGCGCUGAAAAACGCCGCCGUGUGCGUAAUGCUGCUUCCGCGCUUCCUUCUCGCCGCCGUGAUGCUCUGGCUCCUGGAUUUCUUGUGCAUCCGGAGGAAGGUGCUCACGAAGAUGCGAGAGAGCGACCUGAGCAGCCCCGACGAUCCGCCGCUCUGCGUGUCCGACUCCAACAAGAUGUUCACGCUGGAGUCGCUGCGCGCCGUGUGGUACGGCCACAAGCUGGACUUCUUCAAGACGGCGCAUCUGGGCGGCGCGGCGCCCAACACCGAGGUGGUUCCGCUGGACAGCGCGUCGCGGAGAGGCGCGCAGCGGAUCCUGGACUACGCCCGCGGGAGGAGACCCCUCAUCCUGAACUUUGGGAGCUGCUCCUGACCGCCGUUCAUGACGCGCCUCGCGGCGUUCCAACGCGUCGCGCGGCAGUACGCGGACAUCGCGGACUCGCUGCUGGUGUAUAUCGAGGAAGCGCAUCCUUCAGACGGCUGGGUGAGUUCCGACGCGCCUUACCAGAUCCCUAGGCACCGCUGUCUGGAGGACAGACUCCGCGCCGCGGAGCUCAUGAACCGCGAGGCGCAGGGGAGCGCCGUGGUCGUGGACACCAUGGAGAACUCGUCUAACUCGGCGUACGGCGCCUAUUUUGAGCGCCUCUACAUACUGAAGGACGAGAAGGUCGUUUAUCAAGGCGGCAGGGGUCCAGAAGGCUACCGGAUUUCGGAGCUCAGAGACUGGCUGGAGCGCUACCGGAGCGAUCUGGAAGCUUCUAAAGCGGCGGCGGUGGUGCACGUUUAAGGCGGAUGGAUGCACGGAUGUUUUCUUUCUUGCCCCACUCUCCCCUGCUAAAAAAAAAAUAUAGACACCAUCACAAAAAAUUGUAAUGGUCGUACUGGUUAUAUUAGCACACGUACGUCUGCAAGAUGUAUAUGUUAAUGAUAAAGCAUCUGCUGUGUACAAA